AUGAACGAGAGCAGAGAGAUACGGCCAUUGGGCUUGCUAGAAGUCUACUCGUCUUCCAGGCACAGUCUGGGCUUCUACAGAUGCGUCGCAAACACAUGCCGCUACACCUUUCGCACGCCGGCUGGAGAUGUGCAAGCAGACUUCCGAAAAGGCCUGAAAGAUGUGAUCCAAGCGCUGCCGGCACUCCAAGUGGGUAUCAGGGACGAGGCCUCGACCAGGCCAGUCUUCGUCCUGGCCGAGUCGGUGAAGCUCUCCAACCAUUUGCAGUGGCGGCAAUCGUCAGCGGAAACGCCGGACGCGCAGGUCGAUGAUCUGAGGAAGACUCUGGAGUGGCAGCAUGGCAAGGAGUGGCCGGAUCUGGCCAACCGACCCCCGUGGACCGUCAUCUGUUCGGAGUAUCAGUCGAGAGCAGCCACUGGAAGCCGGGAGUCCUUUGUCGAUGUGGAUGUGACCUUUGCGGUUCAUCAUGCAGUUGCCGAUGGUCUGAGCACCAGCGUCUUCCACAGCCGUCUGCUGGAGUCGCUCAAUAAGCAGCUUAGCGGCGGCAGUGCUGGAGGAGAGAAAGACGAGGCAGUGGGGCAGGAGAUGACUCUAGACUCGCCGCUGGAAGAACUGGCAUCAAUCAAGCCAUCUUGGCUAUUCUUGCUCAGGGUCCUGUGGACUGAGUUCUGGAAUGAUGCCGGGCCUCGCAAUCCUUUCGCUGCUCCCGUGAAACCACCUUGGACCGGCGCCGUUAUUUCCACUGAGCCGCAGGAAGUCAACAUCCGGCUCCUGCAAUUUCCUUCUGAGGUCGCGAGCGGAGCAAUAGUGCAGUGUAAAGCCCACAAUGUCAGCCUCACGACGCUGGUCCACGGCAUCGUAGCCUACUCCUUCUCCCGCCAGCUCCCGACCGAAGCAGCAGAAAGCUUCGUCGCCCAAACCUCCAUCAGCUUCCGCCCGUACAUGAGCGGCGAGACGGACUCUCAGAACCUCAUGGGCACAUACGUCACCUCCAAACACCACCUCAUCCCUGCAUCAACCGUCGGUGCUAUGCGCAGCGCCGCCGACGACCAAGAGCAGAGCACUGCCGAGAUCUGGAAGCUGGCUUCGAGCAUCAAAACCGAGCUAGACCAGCGACUCACUACUCUUCCGAAUGAUGACCACGUCGGCCUUCUGCCCUAUGUCAACGACUGGCGUGAGCGCUGGAAGAACAUGCUCGGCAAGCCGCGGGACGUUACGUGGGAGGUGUCGAAUCUGGGUGUUAUGUCUGGCGAGCUGGGUGCAGAGACCGGGGAGGAGGCAUCGAAGUUUGAGAUUACGCAGACGACGCUCACGCAGUCAGCGAAUGUGGCUGGGGUGGGUUUUUCGGUCAAUAUGGCGAGUAUGAAGGGAGGUGUGCUGUCGGUGUCGCUCUGUUGGCAGGAGGGCGUUGUGGAUGCGGAGGUGAUGGAUGGGGUUAAGGAAGAUCUUGAAGUGUUGUUGAAGAGGAUUGGUGGAUUGUGA